CCAUUGAAGGACUGUCAUCUGGGACACUGCAGCCACCCCCAUGUUCCCAUGGGAUGAAAUACAGGGUAUUUCCUUUUUUACUGAUGCAGAAGUAACAAAGCCAUCAAACAAGGACUACUUACAGAAUUCUCACUUGUGGGAAUUUGUAAGGGAUCUGCUCAUUUCUCCUGAAGAAAACAGUGACAUUCUGAAAUGGGAAGACAGGCAGCAAGGCAUUUUUUGUGUUGUUAAAUCAGAAGCUCUGACAAAGAUGUGGGGACAAAGGAAGAAAAAUGACAGAAGGACAUACGAAAAAUUGAGCAGAGCUCUCUGUUACCAUUAUAAAACUGGCAUUUUGGAGUGGCUGGUGUACGAGUUUGGAAAGCAUGCCCAUGGAUGGCAGGAGAACAAGAUGUGAACUGCCUCAUGCUUUCUUUUCAGCAUGGAACAUGCUGCAGCCUGAAUUACACAGCUGGAAUGGAUACUUGAGGGAGAGUUUUUCUGCUCCCUCUCUCCCCUCUGCCAGUCUGGUUGAACUCAUUACAGUCUGCUUCAAGACACAGACUAAAGCAACAAAAACAGCACUUGAAUUUCAGAGUUGUCUUCUUUGUGAUUUCAGCUGAGCAUUAUCUCCUCAUACCUCUUUACUGCUCCUCAGGAGAUUAGGAUUAAUGUUGGUAUUUAAAAACUACCUGCCUCUCUCUGUCUUAGCCAGUAUUUCCACUGGAAAGCAUUAAAUUCUGCCCCAU